AUGCCGCCACGCCCGUCCCGCGAUGAAUACCGCCGCGCUCCUGGUGAAAAGGAGAAGGUCCAGGGUGCUGAGAACGAGAUUCGCGUUUCAGCGAGCCACGGUCAGCACAGCUACAUCGCUUAUGCCAUAGCUGUGCUGAACGGUGAGGAUGGGAGGACGAAGAACGACACGGUGAAGAUCAGUGGCAUGGGUGGUGCCAUCUUUAACGCUGUGAACAUUGCGGAGAUUGUGAAGCGUCGCGUCUCGGGCCUCCACCAGAUCACGGAGAUUGCCUCUGAAGUCGUGAGGGAUGUGUACGAGCCACUUGACCGUAGCAAGAACCCGGACAACCUGGAGAUCGAGCGCAAGGUCUCAACGAUCCGGAUCACGCUGUCCCGCAAUCCGCUGGACAAGAGCAAUCCCGGAUACCAGGAGCCGCUUCCUGAGGACCAGGUAACCGGGCAGGAGCGACGGGAGCCCAGCCGCACUCGUGGGGAGCGUGGGGGGCGAGGGGGCGGUCGUGGGGGCCGCCAUGAUGAGCGUGGCAGGGGCCGUGGAGGACGUCGCGGGGGCCGUGGGGGUCGUGGUGGGGCGAACGUUGACGUCGACCGUCGCGACGAUCGCCGUAGUUAA